UGACAGCCUGCGCCGCUAACCCUCAAGGCGGGACUUUCCCCGGGACCCCCGCCAGCGCUCCCCACUGAACCCACCUGGACCCCGGGGAGGGGGCGGCACUCCGACCCCAGAGCACCCUUCCCCACCAUAGGCAGGAAUCGGAGGCGGCGAUAGGGGCGAACAGCCCGGGGGGGAGCAAUACAUGCAUCCAGGGGCGCCGAUGAUCUAUGUCUUCGACAAGGUUCCCGGGCGAAUACGUGUAGUGCCCGCCCUUGGACUGUUCGCCUUUGUCGUCGCCGCCGAAGGACUUCACCCGGGGCCCCCCCCCUCCCGCAGGUGGCGCCCACCCCCCCGGUCCUCCCUGUCCAGGGGGGGAGCAGGGAGGGGGAGGUGGGGCCGCUGGGACCAGUGGGGGGGGGCGGUAGUCUGAUCCAGGACCCUUUCCCACCCCUACCCCCCGCCCGUACCCUCUCUCCUCUCCCUCCCCCCUCACCGUCAGGUGAGGGGGGUGGGCAGGAGCCUUUUGUUCUUGCCAUGCGCGUCAAGUAGGUGCAACCGAAAAGUGUUGUACUGCCGUUUGACGUGGGGUUCUCCUCUCCCCCAGGAACGAGGGCGACUUCUGCCAUUACACAGACGACGAGAGCAAGUUCGGCAACCCAGCGACUGGCGAUAAUAUGUGGAAUUUCAGCGAGCACGGCGGCCACACGGAUGCGCAACGGCUGAUUCGCAUGCGGUUCGGCAUGUUCCGUCUGGGGUGGACAGAGGAUUACGUCGAGAAAGUGGGAUACGAUGCUGGCACGGGCGUGCCGUGUCGCCAGGACUUUUUUGAUGUUGGCGUGUUUGCAACUGGCCGAGAUGUCAAGGAGGUCUUGGGCCCAGGGCCGUACAAGUGCAAGCGCCUGGGCGUGGGAGACGCGGGUGUGGGAAGACAUGGCGAGGCACCCGCGCGCCUCAAGUUGGUGUCGACAGUCACAUCUGGACACGCUCCUUCUGACAUCACGUGUCCACUGGAGCGUCCCUGCGUCGCCCGAUCGUGCAGCCCUUCUUGCAAAAACUUGUGCGUCCCCGUGGUGCACGAUUCGGAGAUGAAUCACGGGUGUCCGACGACGCCGCCCUCCGUCCACGCGUGGUUCAGAGAGGACCAGCUGCCCUUCACCCAGCCGGUCGCCAUAGCCAGGAAGACGGAGCUGAUGUGCUGGGGGCCUGAGCACCUUGCCUGCUGGCCGGACCACUUUCGACCAAACCCUCCGCCCCCAGCUCUGGGGUUUGCAGAUAUCGUUGACCUGCCCCACUCGGUGGUAAAGUUUAGCCUUCCCACAGACGUCAUCAACUCCCUGCUGGCCACAGUGUACAAGUCUGGCCUCCUGAGCUCCAAGGUCUUCGAUCUUGGCGGCCCAGUCCCGAAUGUGAGCGCGCUGUGCAGCAUCACGAAGAGCUUCCUGUGUCCCAGUGCCAGCAUGAGCGGCGACACGCCCGUCAAGCUGACGGUCCGCCAGACCAUGCCCGCCUCGGUGACAGUGUCGGACACCGGGCUUCGGAUGUCGCUCGCGCUGGAGCUCAUCAUCCACGGGUGGGACAGGGCAGCACGUGGAAUCCCCCUGGAAGCAGCGAUACCGCCGAACAAGAUGUGCACGAUCAAAGAGGGUUUCAUGACGGUGACGCGCAAGUACCACCCAGUUAAUCAACAGCAGACCAAGUUCCGAUGGUUUGAGCUCACGGGGCGCACGCUGAGCAUGUACACUGCGCACGGCCGCGCGAAAAAGAAGUCAUUCCACCUAACCGAUUGGAACAUCGAAAAGGAUCAGGAGAUGUCAAAGUGCAUCAAGCUGAAACGUUUCGCAUAUAAAACACGUAAACUAUGUACUGUGAGCGAUGUGUCGAGAGAAGAGUGGUACGCAGCCAUGGCUCACGCGGUCACAAGCCCAAUCAGUUGCCAGUACCCGGAACUCGACAAGCAAGCGGCGAGAAUCAAGUUUGGCGUCGACUUGGACGCCGGCGUGGACGUUGCCAAGGAGCGAUACCUGUGCCUACGGCCCAACAAGGCCAAGGUCAAGCUGACUCACGUGGGCACGCUGCACACUGGUUCCAGCUGGUCUUCAAAGGCAGUGACUGCGGUGACGGCGCUAGGUGUUCGAGGCCUGCUGUCGACGGUCCUCAAGUACUUCGGCCUGCUGAAUCCGAUGCAGGUGUGGAACCUGAUGUCGCUCGGCAAGGACAUGGGCCUCGCCCACAGCAGGAUCGAGAUCGGCCAGAACCGGAUCUACAUCGAGGGCGAAGUCACGAAGGACGCGAAGGCCGCGGAAAUCGAGGACGCUGGGUUCAACAAUGCCGCAGACAAUCCAUGCGCGGCCUCUGGGGAUGAGGACGACGGCGGCACGAAUCCUCUGAUGCGUCAGUAGGUGUCUGGAUACUCCUGCCUUCGCGGAAUGCGGGUCUUAAGGGCUGCUUCUCAGCUUGCCCAUCGACGUGGAAACAACGUGGUGCGGGUCAUCAUCUGAGCCGUGCGUCUCUGGCUGGUCUCGGGGAGCGCUCCUCCCGCUGCACCUCCUCUCUCUCCCCCUUCUCCCCCUCCUCUCUACAUGCCCCAAGCGAAGCCGCUCACGCAGCAUCGGACUGAUCAGCACUCGCACGGACAGCAAGCGAGCGGGCGCAUCUUUCGGACCUCAGUCCGCACCUCCCGCUACGGGUUGGACCUGUACUGCAUCGCUGCGCCCGUAGUUUUGAUGUGGUCCCCCGCCCGGCCGUCAGGGCGGCGUAUUGACACCGAUCAUCAUCGUCAUGAUCCGAGUGAGCGGCCGAACGGUCAUUCUCUGUCUCUGGGUGCGUGACUGAAGUGGAGUUCCACGGUUCGGAUUGUUGUUGUGGUCGUUGUUGUUGUUGUUGUCGUCGUUGUCGUUGUCGUUGUCGUUGGUGUUGGUGUUGG